CCGGGGCUCGGCGCCCGCCAUCCUGUUACGAGGCACAGCAAAUUUUGAUAUAUAUUUACUGCUCUGGACCCUUCACAAUAGUUAUAAUAUAAUAUUGUAUUACAAUGUUAAUUUCAUAAAUUAAAUGGUAAUAGCAAUUAAACCAAUAUCUAUAUUUUGCAUAUAUUUUAGAUUUUUCAAUAUCAAUAUUAUCGGUAUCUUUAAAUUUAACAUAGCGAUUAAAAUAUCGAUAUUAUCGGUUUCUUGGUAUAAGGUUGCGAUUGGCAACCCUGUUGCCCUCUUUUUUGACAAGUUCUUUUUCGGCGAGUGGCGGUGUUGGAUCGAGCUCGCCAAGAUGGUGAACAACAGAGUACCUUCGGUAUUCUCCAAAACAUACGUGACGCCUCGUCGUCCGUUCGAGAAGGCGCGUCUCGACCAGGAGUUGAAGAUCAUCGGAGAGUAUGGUCUCCGCAACAAGCGUGAGGUGUGGAGGGUGAAGUACACGCUGGCCAGGAUCCGUAAGGCUGCCCGUGAGCUGCUCACACUCGAGGAGAAAGACCCUAAGAGGUUAUUCGAAGGUAAUGCUCUCCUUCGUCGUCUGGUGAGGAUCGGUGUGUUGGAUGAGAAGCAGAUGAAGCUCGAUUAUGUACUCGGUCUGAAGAUUGAGGACUUCUUGGAACGUCGUCUCCAGACUCAGGUGUUCAAGGCUGGUCUAGCUAAGUCUAUCCAUCAUGCCCGUAUUCUUAUCAGACAGAGGCACAUCCGUGUCCGCAAGCAAGUUGUGAACAUCCCUUCGUUCAUCGUGCGGCUGGACUCUGGCAAGCACAUUGACUUCUCGCUGAAGUCUCCGUUCGGCGGCGGCCGGCCGGGCCGCGUCAAGAGGAAGAACCUGCGCAAGGGCCAGGCUGGCGGCGCCACCAACGACGAGGAGGAGGAUUGAACAAUAAAACAAUAACAUCUUAACAAUAAUCUUUUAUUUUGCUUAAUGUAAAUAACAUACGUUCAUGCUCAGUUAGGUACAUUUCUCACGACCAAUACUCGGAGUUGGUAAAUUUUCUCAAAUAUGCUUGGAAAUGUGAGUAGAGAUAUUAUAUCGAAAUUGAUGUAUUGGCUACAUACAUGUCAGCAAAAGUUGUAUGAAUAUCCAUAUCAGUCGUGUCCAGCGGCCAAAUAUAUUCAUAGUAAAUUUAUUUUCCGUGUUAUUUGAGAAAAGUACUAAGAUUAUACAAGCCUGUGCUACGACGGAAUUGAUGGACUUGCGCAUCUGUGCGUCUGCCUACAUUUAUAAUGUUCGUUCAUCAAUCCCUCAUGCUGGCCACUGCAUUAAUGUACCUACUGUUAACUAAUCAAACGAGUUUUUGAUGUCUCCGGGUAGAGUUGAGUAUCAUCUGUAGGAGUAAGGGGUAAAUGUUCUUUAUCCAUAAAGUAAUAAUUUUUACGUAUUAGUAACGUCGCGAGCCCCCAAUUAUUGUUACCAAGACGUGAAUUUAAAUCGAUAAAUGUUUCGAUUAUGUGAAUAAAGAAACCAUUUGUGUUAAUAGUUUUUGAUUGCAAAUCAUUAAGUGGCCCUGAUUUAGGGGCCUCCACACCUCUAAAUCGGGCCCUGAUCGGUGGGAGCAGCAAGACUGGAGUUCUACGUGAACAAGAAAUAAAAAUCAUAUCAGUCUUCACUU